CAGCGCUCAGCCCGACGCCGUUCCGACCGGCUUCUGAGCUAAUCGGCUGGGAUGGAUUAGAUAACGGGUAUGCGGGUAUCAACCGGGUAGACAACUCUCCCGGGGAAACAUUUGCGGGACGAUAACGCACGGCUUCGGAUGCGAUCUGUUUAUAAAGCCGUCUUUCAGCUGGAGUACGCAGACAUCAUCUCACUCAAACCGUCUCAUGCCCCUUUCCUCGCCAAGGAACCGCAACCAUGCUCGUCAACCGCCAGAAGACAGUUCACCCCCUCCUGACCCUCCAGCCGCAGGAGCUCACAAUCACAUCAGAUAUCAUACGUCAGACCUACCCCGGCAAAGACAUCGUAUUCCGCAUCAUUGCUAUCAAGGAACCUCGUCGAUCCCUUGUCGUUGCUUUCCUCGAAGCUGAACGUUCAUCCGCAUCACUGCCUCACGUGCCACGUUGCACAUAUGUCAGCUAUCAAUUCAAAGGCCAACCUGAGGCAUUUGAAGACAUCGCGGACUUAGGAACUCGCAAAGUGAUAUUUCAUAAGGAAUUACCCAAGGGUGUUCAUCCACCUGCAGGCACAGACGACAUGCUUGCAGUUCAACAACUGGUCCUAGAAGACGAGCUCGUGAAAGCCGAGAUUGCACGGCUGAAAAUCCCCGAAGGUGCAAAAGUUGUCCCCGAAGCGUGGCCGUAUGGCAAGGAUACCAGUGAGGCGGAUCCGAAGCAGUAUCAAGUGUGGUUCUUCCUUGGCUCACUGGAUCAGAAGAAUCGGGCUCAUCCGUCGUCCAACCACUUUGUUCAUCCGCUCGAUUUUUCCGCCGUCGUCGACGAUGUCACGAAGAAAGUGGUGAAGAUUGACAGACUGCCAAUGGGCGAUGGACUUUAUUCUCAAUCUGGGGAUGAUGAGGUCUAUCAGCCGCAACCGGAUGCUGAAUAUGCUUCCGAGCUGCAGCCAUCUCUCCGCCAAGAUGUCAAGCCGAUUAUCAUCUCUCAGCCUGAAGGUGUCAGCUUCACUGUGGAAGAUGAUCAAGUUAUCUCAUGGCAGAAGUGGAAAUUUCACAUGGAUUUCAACUGGAGAGAAGGUGUUGUUCUCCGCGAUGUUUGCUAUGAUGGACGGCCUGUCUUCUAUCGACUGGCACUUGCUGAGAUGACUGUUCCGUACGCUGAUCCCAGGCCUCCAUUUCACAGAAAGAGUGCCUACGAUCUCGGGGAAGGUGGUGUGGGGAACACAGCCAACAAUCUGGCAUUGGGCUGUGACUGUCUUGGUGCGAUCCGUUACUUCGACCGCUGGGUCAACGACUCUCAAGGACGGCCAGAAAUUCGGGAAAACUGCAUUUGUAUGCAUGAAGUUGACGCCGGUGUGGGAUGGAAGCACACGAACUAUCGAAAUAUGCGUGCAGAAGUCACUCGUUCCAGGGAAUUGGUCAUCCAAACUAUUAUGACCAUCUCCAACUAUGAGUACAUCCUCAUCUGGACAUUCGACACAGCCGCAGCCAUCCACUACGAGAUCCGCGCUACAGGCAUCAUGUCCGUGGUCCCCAUGCGGCAGGGCGUAGAGCACGACAUCGACUACGGCAUCAUGGUCGCACCCGGCGUCAUGGCCCCAUCCCACCAACACAUCUUCUGUCUUCGCAUGGAUCCUGCCAUCGACGGGUGCAACUCUUCAACCAUCGCCUACAACGAAUCCAUCGCCAAACCCGUGACCAAGAACCGCAACCCUUACGGCGUAGCCUAUGGCCUCGAGUCCCACGAAAUCCACAAAUCGGGCCAUCUCGAUCUUGAUCCUAGCCGGAAUCGCAUCGUGAAGUUUGUGAAUAAGGAAAAGGUCAAUAAAGUGACAGGCAAGAACCCCGGUUACGCAGUCCACGUUUCAGCAACACAACUCCAAUUGAGUCACGCAACAUCGACCCACGCCUCCCGCGCCGAGUUCGCAGACCACCACUUCUAUUUCACCAAGCAAUCUGAACACGAGCUCUAUCCCGCCGGUGACUAUCCAUGGCAAUCGGUGGGAGGAGGCGGUGUGCGGACUUGGGCCGGGAGGAAUGAGAAAUUGGGAAGUGAGGGCGUGGCGUGGGUGAACUUUGGGUUCACGCAUAAUCCAAGACCGGAAGAUUGGCCUGUUAUGCCGUGUGAGGUUUUCAGGGUUGCGAUUAAGCCGAGUCAUUUCUUUGAGAGGAAUCCAGCGCUUGAUAUGCCUGCUAGCAGACAGAGUGUUAAUAAGAGUACGUUGGUGCCGAAGGGAAAUGCUAAAGAGGUCAGUUGUUGUGGGCAGAAAGGAGACUAGGGGAUCGAAGCUACGAAUGCUGAGUAAUCCCCUUCUAGUAUUUAGUUGAUGUCGAUUAUCGGAAGACUGUUAGAUGUCUUGACUGUGUCUGGAUAGAGUUGUGUGGGUAAAUCUGAAAUGCAGCCUGUCAUGCAUAUUGUACGC